GCACAUUCUCUGUAUAUGUUUGCCAGCUCUGUCACCAUUACUUCUUACAUCUUUCUCUCUAGAUCACCAUUUUCCAAUUCUUUCCCUCUCUAAAACCUCAAAAAAAAAAAAAAAAUGGAUUCUUCAGAUGAUGAAGGUGAAGAGUAUCUAUUCAAGAUUGUAAUAAUAGGUGAUUCAGCAGUUGGUAAAUCUAAUUUACUUACAAGAUAUGCAAGAAAUGAGUUUAAUUUGCAUUCAAAAGCAACAAUUGGUGUUGAGUUUCAAACACAAACACUUGAAAUUGAUGGUAAAGAAGUUAAAGCACAGAUUUGGGAUACUGCUGGUCAAGAAAGAUUUAGAGCUGUUACUUCUGCUUAUUAUCGUGGUGCUUUUGGUGCUCUUGUUGUUUAUGAUAUUUCAAGAAGGACUACUUUUGAUAGCAUUCCUCGUUGGCUUGAUGAACUUAAAACUCAUUCUGAUACAACGGUUACAAGGAUGCUCGUGGGGAACAAAUGCGAUUUGGAGAACAUAAGGGCCGUGAGCUUAGAAGAAGGCAAAAGCCUAGCAGAAUCAGAAGGGAUGUUCUUCAUGGAGACAUCUGCCCUCGAUUCAACGAAUGUAAACAAGGCUUUCGAGAUUGUGAUUCGAGAGAUCUAUAAUAGUGUUAGCCGAAAGGUUUUGAAUUCUGAUUCUUAUAAAGCGGAAUUAUCUGUCAACAGAGUUAGCCUCGUCAAUGAUGGUACCGAUGGAUCGAAACAAAAUCAGGGCUACUCUUGUUGUUCUAGGUGAUUGAUGUUAUCCUUUUUUAUUCCCCUUAAGUUUACAAGAACAGUUAUAAGAAUGGUUCAUUAAAUUAUUUGGUUGGUUUUACUGUUCAUUGAUUUGUUAUUGAUGGAAUACUUUUUUGUAAUGGUCAGGAACGUUGAUAUUUAUAUUCUAAGUGGAAACUGAAAUGAAAAAUGUUUCUUUAAACUCUG